AUGGUGUACAAUUCGUUGGAGGCCCCUCACAACCUCAAGGAGGGUGUUGACUGGUUGAUGGCCCUGAAGGGAGAUGAUUCUGAAAAGAACUUGGCGGCUCUCGGUGCAGCCGUACACAAAUUCCUCGCAGACAAGCCUGUUGGCAAGAUGGAGGUGCCAGCUCUAGAGAGUGUAAAACUUAUUACUAAGGAGUUCCUGGAGCAACCGGAGCUUAAGAACAUGUGGCCCGCAAGCGAGCUGCUGGGAAGGUUUAAUAAGCCUAUGAACAAAAAUUUCGUUGGGUCAGCAAAGUGCUUCUACAAUGUCGACGAAAGCGAUUACACGAACGUCGUAAAGGCCAGGCGUCUUACCUCUAAAACCAUCGCAGAGAAAUUAGGUAAAAUUGUGGCUGGCUGA